UUUAAAAUUUCUAAAUCAGCUACCCUUACACUAGGGUUACAGAUUGAACGCUUUCUGACGAAGGAUCUCGCUUCCUCCGGCUUUGUCACGACCGAGCUCGCUUCCUGCUUCCUGCUUCCUGCUUCCUGCUUCCAGACCGCGUUUCUCUCUCUCUUUGACGACCGCUGCUGCUUUCUUAAAGAUGUCAGAGAAAUUCUCUGCAGCGCUUCGGAUUGGAGAUCUCAACGAUUUCAUCGCUCCAUCGCAGGCAUGCAUAGUCUCCCUCAAGGGAUUAAAAAAGAACGAAAAGCCUGAGGUAUCAAUUGCCAACAAGCAGGUGAAGUCUGAACCUGUUAAAAUUUCGCUUAAGGAUUGUUUGGCAUGCAGUGGAUGUGUCACAUCAGCAGAGACGGUUAUGCUGGAAAAGCAAAGUUUGGAUGAGUUUCUGAACAACAUUAAUUCAGGAAAGGCUGUGAUUGUGUCUCUUUCUCCCCAGUCAAGGACUUCUAUUGCUGCACAUUUUGGCAUCUCUCCAAUUCAGGCUUUCAAAAAGCUGACAAGAUUUUUUAAAUCCUUGGGAGUGAAGGCAAUUUUUGAUACAAGUUGCAGUAGAGAUUUGACCCUUGUCGAAUCUUGUGUGGAGUUCAUCACAAGGUAUAGACAGAAUCAAUUGGUUGAUGAUGAGAGGAGUAAGUCAAACCUACCUAUGAUUGCAUCAGCAUGCCCAGGUUGGAUAUGCUAUGCAGAAAAGCAACUUGGAUCAUUUGCUCUACCUUAUAUUUCAUCAGUAAAGAGUCCACAACAAACAGUCGGAGCUAUCAUAAAGAACUAUUUGUGCCAAGAAAUAGGACUCAGGCCAGAAGAAGUUUACCAUGUUACCGUGAUGCCUUGUUAUGAUAAAAAGCUAGAGGCUGCUAGGGAUGACUUUGUUUUCCAAUUUGAGUCCCAUGUUGAUGGGAAUGAGAGUGACAUUAACAUGAUUUCAGAGGUAGAUUCAGUAUUGACAACUGGAGAAGUUUUGGAAUUGAUUCAGUCCAAAGAAGUUGAUUUUAAAUGCCUAGAAGAGACUCCUCUGGACAAAAUGCUAACAAAUAUUAAUGAAGAAGGAUCCCUUUAUGGGGUCCAUGGAAGCUCUGGAGGUUAUGCAGAAACAAUUUUCCGCCAUGCUGCUAAAACACUUUUUGGAAGACAGAUUGAUGACCCUUUGACCUUUAGAAACAUCAAGAAUUCAGAUUUUCAGGAAGUUACUUUGGAGGUGGAGGGAAAAACUGUGUUGAAAUUUGCUCUCUGUUAUGGUUUCCGGAACCUGCAGAACAUUGUACGGAAACUUAAAACUGGGAAAUGUGAUUAUCAUUUCCUAGAAAUCAUGGCAUGCCCAUCAGGUUGCUUAAAUGGGGGAGGUCAAAUUAAACCAAAUUCAGGGCAAUCUCCUAAAGAACUGAGUCAAUUGUUAGAAUCGAUUUACAUGGAAAAUGUUUUGGUAGCAUCACCAUUUGACAAUCCCAUUAUUAAAGGCUUAUAUGACAAGUGGCUUGAGCAGCCUGGUUCUGUGAAAGCUAGGAGAUACAUGCACACACAAUAUCAUCCUGUUGAAAAAAGCAUUACUUCUCAGUUGCAUAAUUGGUGAGGUGUUGAAACUGCACCUUUUAUAUUGUUUCUACUCGCGGUUAUUUUGUGGUAUUAGGCGGAAGGGUACAUUAAUCCCUGUGCUCUGGCUCCAUAUGGAUAUGUUUGCAUAUUGGAGUCGUCCAAUUUUGCUGGUGAACAGAUUUUUUAAUGUAUAUAGACCCUUGAUCUGUACCCAUUUAGAUAGAAAGAAUCACACAUUUUGUAAUUUACCAUCUGGACCUAGGCUUUGUUGUUCCGGCGGGUCCUCUAUUAUUUUUAGGAUCUAGGUUCUCAAUAAAAUAUUCCUUCAUUACUUGUCAGUGAGAGGAUGAGAGUGACAGUGCCAGUUGUUGGAGCACAAAUUGUAUGCUUUACAUGUAUGUACUCUUAAAUUCGAAUAAAGAAAUUUUUUUUCUAUGA